AUGGCGCACCUAGAGGCGCUUGCGCCUGAGAUAUCCCUAUAUCCCUAUAACAACGGGAAAAGGGUCGGCGAGAGAGUCAAGUUUCCCGAUACCGUGGCUUUUUCAUCUAUGAAUAAGACGUCGCGGUUCGAGGGAGACGUUUUCAACUUGGAAGUCACCGGAGAGAUUCCACGUGAUAUAAAUGGAACUUUUUACCGAGUGCAGCCAGACCAUCGAUUUCCACCCCUUUUUGAAGAUGAUAUACAUUUUAAUGGAGAUGGCAGCGUGACAGCCAUUCGUAUCGCCGAUGGACACGCCGACUUCAAGCAGCGCUACGUGCGGACAGACAAGUUCCUCGCGGAAGAGAAGGCGCGGAAGGCAUUAUUUGGUCGUUAUAGAAAUCCGUAUACCGACAACGAGAGCGUGAAAGGCGUGAUCAGGACUGUAUCCAACACGAACAUCACCUUCUGGCGUGGCAUGCUACUUGCGAGCAAGGAGGAUGGACCACCGUUCGCAAUGGACCCCGUGACAUUGGAGACUAUCGGGCGCUACGAUUUUGAAGGCCAGAUCAAAACGCCUACGUUUACGGCACAUCCCAAAUUCGAUCCCGAUACUGGUGAGAUGCUGUGUUUUGCGUACGAGACUGGCGCUGACGGCUCGGACUGCGGUGUUGAUGUGGUGACCUGGACCAUCAACGCUGAUGGUAUGAAGACCGAGGAACUGUCAUUUAAAGCUCCAUUUGCUGGAAUGAUACAUGACUGCGGCGUUUCGAAGAAUUACAUGGUCCUCCCACUGACACCUAUCAAGAUGUCACUUGAUCGGUUGAAGAAAGGUGGCAAUAAAUUUGCAUGGGAUCCUAAUGAAGAUCAAGUAUAUGGCUUAGUCCCACGGCGCGGUGGCAAGCCCGAGGAUGUAGUUUGGUUUCGAGCAGACAACGGUUUCCAUGGUCACGUAGCUGGCUGUUACGAGAAUGAAGAAGGAUACGUAAUUUUCGAUUUGACUGUCGCCGAUGGCAAUGUCUUCUUUUGGUUCCCACCAGAGGGAGAGUCACCAGACUUCAAUCAGCGAGCUCGUCUUAGCAGUCCGACGUGUCGGUGGAUAUUUGAUCCAAAAGCGAAAUCCGGCACAAGGGUCAAGCCAUCCCUGCAAUGGUCGACGAACGGCGAGUUCUCACGAAUUGAUGACAGAGUGGUGACAAAGAAGUAUAAGCACUUUUGGCAGUUAAGGGUUGACCCGACUCGGCCUUACGACUUUGCUAAGUGUGGACCACCAGCAGGCGGCUUGUUUAAUUGUAUGGCACAUUAUACGUGGGACUCAGAGGACGAGGGGAAGACAGGAGGAGAGGAUGUUUGGUUCGCAGGACCGACCGCCACAUACCAGGAGCCUGUCUUCAUACCGAAGGAUGGUGGCACUGAGGGAGAAGGCUACCUCGCAGCGCUCAAGAACAACCUUGACGAGUUAAGGAAUGACGUGGUCAUAUGGGAUGCGCAGAAACUCUCGGCAGGUCCGCUCGCUACACUGCACCUACCAUUCAAGCUUCGUCUUGGGUUUCAUGGCAAUUUUGUUGAUCACAGAGAUAUCGAAGCGUGGCAAAGACGUAGAGCUGGUGAAUUGGGGCCGGUGAGACCUGCUGAUAGUCCACUUCCAUGGCAAGUAAAACUAUCCAAUGGGGACAGCAGUGAACCUGACGAUGGACUAAAUGGACAUGAUGUGAAGUUAUGAUGUCAACUUGAGAGUGGGCUGAGGAGGUAGAUACACUAGUAUAACUAAAGGGCACACAGUUGAGUUAUUGGCAUGAAUAACAUUAAGCUUAUGCAAUUGUCCCCUUCCUGUGCACUUUCCAAGGAUCAUUGAUCUGUCUUUUAUAAAACCUACAAUGAGGUAAGGUAGCAUCAUCAUUUGGCGAUUUGAGUUUCGCCUACUAUCAGGCUAGAUAGGUGUAUAAUCUUCUAGAUCAAGUCUAACAGCGUAAUGUUAUUUGAUCAUAAAAUCAUCUCGGAUUUUUUAAGGCAAUCGAUGCGUAUGAGAUCAUAUUUCAGAUGCAGAUUUAUAGUAGUACACGACACACUAAUUGUGAGUACGGGGAAUGACCUCCAAACAGUUCGAAUCCAGCCCUCUCUUGGGAUAGAGAAAUCUACCUCUUCAGAAGCUCUUUCUUAGAUGGAGAUGUCGGUAGAAGUAUGCAUGAUUUCAUUAUAGUUCCCGCGGGUAGAAAGAUCCAGGUUGUGAGGUUGAAGAAGGGUAGUAAUAUGCAUGAAAUACCAUGAGAAAAGCGCCUCGUAUCAAGGGUGGCGCAGACGCAUAGAAGCCCGAUAGGUGUGCUAAUACUAAGAUUAAAGGCGUGUGUUGGCAAACGAGA